CGCGAGCAGUCAUGAUCAAACAAGCUAAAAGGUAGACGACAGGAGUUCAACAUGGAGAAAACUUUCGUGGCUAUUUGUUGCAGUGUGCUUUUUAUAGCAUGUGCAAGUGCGGUUAUGCCUGGAGGAAUAUCUGAUAUCGAGAAUCUGAAUGAAAAUGAAGGCGCUUUAAAUGCUUUGGCUCACGCUGUUCGUCAUCACAACUCCAACAACAACCACACACAUUUGGAGGUGGUGUCAGAGGUGUUAAACGCCCGGAGUCAGGUGGUUUCUGGAUCAUUAUAUUAUUUCACUGUACUCAUGGCAACAACAAACUGCACAACAGAUUCUGUGAAUGAGCCGUGCACCAUCCCUCCUGAAAAUGCCAAGAUCUGCAAGUGCGAAUUUCAGGUGUGGAGCCAACCAUGGUUGAAUUCUAAUAUUGUAACUGAAAAGUGCGAGAAUUAAACUCCUUUUGUUAGUUUUGAAAGUUUUUACUUGUGCAGGAAAUGGCAAAAGUGUUUAAUGCAGUAACACAAUUAUUUGCAUUAAGACCGACAUGUGGAUAAAAGUAUUAUUCUACAGCAAAGCCACAAUAAAUGUAUUUGAAGUCC